AUGAUCGUCAACUAUUCUAUCUUGCUUUUUAUGAUUGUCUCCUACAUUCGAGGCAAAGAACAAACGGCUGGAAAUGACCUCUCUCGAUCGUUGUCAAUGGAUGAAGCUUAUCUAAUCAUGUACAAUAGGAAUUCUUCGGAAAAUAUCACAUUAUUUGGGAACAAAGUUGUAUGUGAAAACUGUAAUCUUGGGAAAAUGUCUAUGGUUGCUCCGAAUAAGAAUCGCACUAUAAUAAUUAACACGCAAUACGCAUACGAUUUAGAAAUUCGUUCAUCAGAAUCCAAUGAAAGUAUACUAUGCCAAUUUAAACCAUACAAAUUCCAUGAACAUGGUACAUAUGUGUUGCAUCUUAUGUAUAACACACCGCUCGAGACGAAAUGUUCAAUCGAACAGAUUGGAAAAUUGAGUGCCUAUGCAAUACCUGCUAUUCUUGGUGUUCUAUUUGUGAUCUUAUAUACUGCAGUAGUUCAAUUCUGGCAAUACAUCGACUAUCGUCGAAUUUGGAAUUAUUUUCGCUCGACUGGCACACAAGCUCAAAUACUUGUUGAAGAUACUGCUCAGGGUAGUCUGAAUACAAAUCAAUCUGCUGCGUCCAAUACGAAAUCUCGUGCUACGAAACGCCUGCGCUCUUUGGACACUUUUCGAGGAUUUUCGCUGAUGGUAAUGAUCUUCGUGAACUACGGCGGUGGUGGUUAUUGGUUUUUCGAUCAUUCAACUUGGAAUGGAUUGACAUUGGCUGAUCUGGUUUUUCCUUGGUUUACUUGGAUGAUGGGCGUCUCGAUUGUCCUUUCCCAACGAUCACUUCGCUCGAAGAAUGUUCGAAAACGGAGUAUGCUCGUGAAAAUCUGUCGACGAACGCUAAUUCUGAUACUUUUGGGGAUGAGUGAACAACCUCAUUUGAUGAAAUUCAAAGAUCUUCGUUUUUGUGGUGUUCUUCAACGAUUAGCUACAUGCUAUUUCUUUACAGCAAUACUCGUUCUUUGCCUUGAUAAAGAUUAUAAACUAAACAGUCAGGAUGAGCAUCAAGAACCAUCGUUUCGUAUGGAACUCAAUCGAGCUGUGUUUCAAUAUUGGCUCCAAUGGUUACUCGUGACAUUGGUGGUGAUUAUUUGGGUCUUGGUAACGUUUCUCCUUCAAGUGCCCGGCUGUCCGACUGGAUAUAUAGGUCCCGGUGGAAAACAUGAUCAUGGAAAGUAUUCAAAUUGUACCGGAGGAGUUGCAGGAUAUAUCGAUCGAGUAGUCUUGGGAAAUUCUCAUCUGUACGAUGAGCCAACUUGUAAAGAAAUCUAUUCCACCAAGCUACCUUACGAUCCCGAGGGUCUUUUGGGUAAUUUAACUGGAAUUCUUCUUUGUUAUCUGGGUGUUCAAGCCGGUCAUGUUUUUGUUCACUCAAAUCGUGUUAAUCGAAUUUGUUCUCAAUGGUUAAUAUGGGGUAUCAUUUGUGGUUGUUUUGGUCUAGGUCUAUCCUUCGGCGGCCAUUCAGAUAGCUGGAUUCCAAUCAACAAAAAUCUAUGGUCAUUAACAUUUGUCUUCACUUUAGCUAGUUUAGCUUUCGUCAUUCUCUCUGUGCUUUACGUUCUUGUUGACGUUCGUCAAUGGUUCACUGGAGCUCCAUUUCUUUGGUUGGGCAUGAAUUCCAUUGCUAUAUACAUGUGUCACGGCCUAUUUGGCGUCAGUGUUCCAGUACAAUUCGAUGUUAGUGAUACCCAUGCUGCUCAACUUGCUAUGCAUCUCUAUGGAGCAUUUUUUUGGUCGUUAGUUGCCGGUUUGAUGUACUAUAAGAAAGUUUUUAUCGCUAUUUGA